UCGGGCGCGCGCGCGGUGCCUGCUACCCCCACGCUGCUCCCUCGGCUCGGCUCGCGGCGCCUCCGGCUCCCGGCCCCGCUUCACGCCCGGGCCUCCGGCCUGAAAGUGGAGGCUGUGCUCCGUGGGCUCCGGCGGGCGCGGCGGAGAAGGGGAGCGCCGCGGAGCCCCGCGAGUCCCUGGAGGCUGCGUUGCCGGGCGCGGGCCCCUGCGUAAGACGGGAGCCUUGAGAGGCCGGCCGGGGAGGCGCCGCCGGGGGAGGCCGCGACGGAGCGCCGGGACUGGCCAUGGGCUGAGACGUGUCCUCUCUGAGCAGCCUGUAGUGAAAGUGACUCUUCUGCACCCCACCGGAAAACAUGCCUGGGUGACUCCUUCUCAGAUCUUCCUUGUGGCCUUCCUCGCCCUCUGUAGUGACACUAUGCAACCCCAGUGUGACCCGCGAGGCCUCUGGCUCCUGCUGCUGUCCUUGUUCCUGCUCCUCUUCGAGGUGGCCAGGGCCGGCCGACCGGUGGUUAGCUGUCCUGCUGCCUGCCUGUGCGCCAGCAACAUCCUCAGCUGCUCCAAACAGCAACUGCUCAAUGUGCCCCAUUCCUUACCCAGCUACACAGCGCUGCUGGACCUCAGCCACAACAACCUGAGCCGCCUGCGGGCUGAGUGGACCCCUACGCGCCUGACCCACCUGCGUUCCCUGCUGCUGAGCCACAACCAUCUGAAUUUCAUCUCCUCUGAGGCCUUUUCCCCGGUACCCAACCUGCACUACCUGGACCUGUCCUCCAACCAGCUGCGAACGCUGGAUGAGUUCCUGUUCAGUGAACUGCAAGCCCUGGAGGUGCUGCUGCUCUACAAUAACCAUAUCAUGGUGGUGGACCGCUAUGCCUUCGAGGACAUGGCCCAGCUCCAGAAACUCUACUUAAGCCAGAACCAGAUCUCCCGCUUCCCUCUGGAACUGGUCAGCGAACGAGCCAAGCUACCCAAACUAACGCUCUUGGAUCUGUCCUCCAACAAGCUGAAGAACUUGCCGCUGCCUGAGCUGCAGGAUCUGCCGGCGUGGAUCAAGAAUGGACUGUACCUCCAUAACAACCCCCUGGAAUGCAACUGCAAGCUUUACCAGCUCUUUUCACACUGGCAGUACCGGCAGCUGAGCUCCGUGGUGGACUUUCAGGAGGAUCUGUACUGUGUGCAUUCCAAGGAGCUGCACAAUGUCUUUAAUCUAAGUUUCCUCAACUGCAGCGAGUAUAAGGAGAGGGCCUGGGUUGCUCACCUGGGUGAGACCUUCACUAUCAAGUGUGACACCAAGCAGCAGGGGAUGACUAAGGUGUGGGUGACACCAAGCAAUGAACGGGUGCUAGACAAGGUAGCCAACGGCACAGUGAUGGUCAAGGACGGCAAUCUUCAUUUCAAGAAGGUGCAGGUUGAAGAUGGGGGUGUGUAUACCUGCUAUGCUAUGGGGGAGACCUUCAACGAGACACUGUCGGUGGAGUUGAAAGUGCACAACUUCACCUUGCAUGGACACCAUGACACCCUCAACACGGCUUAUACCACCCUAGUGGGCUGUAUCCUCAGUGUGGUCCUGGUCCUCAUAUACCUGUACCUCACCCCUUGCCGCUGCUGGUGCCGGGGUGUAGAGAAGCCUUCCAGCCACCAAGGUGACAGCCUCAGCUCUUCCAUGCUUAGUACCACACCCAACCAUGAUCCUAUGGCUGGUGGGGACAAAGAUGAUGGUUUUGACCGGCGGGUGGCCUUCCUGGAACCUGCUGGACCUGGGCAGGGUCAGAAUGGCAAGCUCAAGCCAGGUAACACCCUGCCAGUGCCGGAGGCAACAGGCAAGGGCCAACGAAGGAUGUCAGAUCCAGAAUCUGUCAGCUCGGUCUUCUCUGAUACACCCAUUGUGGUGUGAGCAGGAUAGGUUGGUGGGGAGAGUCUACCCCAGGAGAGGUCAUGCACCCCUGAAAGAUAUGAGGGGAUGGAAGAGAGGGCUGGCUGCCCGAGGGAGUGGGUUCCUCCUGACUUCCAGGGAACUGGUCAUGGGCACAGCAUCAGGCAAGAUCCCACCGAGGGUGUGGCUGCCACGAGAUUCAAAUAUGGAUAUAUUAAUCCUCAGGCAAAUGCUACACCCCUACCCAAAGCCCUGGCAAUUCUCAAUGUAGUAGAAGAGGAGGAGCAUGUCUGAGCUAGAUGAGAGUGAGCAAGGGGGAAGGGGAAGAGCAGGCUUCCUAAACAUUUCUGAGGUCAUCCCUAGCUCCUUAAAGGAAAAUCAUAUGAAAACUUUUUUUUUUUUUUUUUUUUGUCUCUGCCCACCCACACCUGUGAAGUUGUGUGUGCUGGGAGAGUCUGCACAGGAGCCAUGUUGAGAAUGCUGCAGUGUCUUCUUGGGUCAGGAAGUCACAGCUGGGGAUGGAAAAUCUUUGGAAAGUGAGCCCUUGAUCAGAAAUGUUCCCCAAAUUGCUGUGAGACUUUCCACUAAAGCCUCCUUCCUGA